CGACUGACGACUGUUGGCGGGGGGAAUCUGACACACACACAAGAGUUGGAAGUUGGUGGAACUAGACAAGAGAGAUUUCAACAACGACUCUCGAAUCACUCCACAGCUGAUGGUCAGGAAUGCCUCUGUGCGAAUCGCAAAUGCAAGAACACUCGUCAUUCUAUCAUAGAAAACUUUCGCAAUUCUAAUCAAGAAAGCCAAGAAGAAGAAAUCAAUUAGAACACAUGCAAUAGGGGCUUAGUAGCGCGUUUCUUGCACGGUCUUCCGUCUUGGUCUACUCGGGAACUUUCUUGUUCUUCUUGGCAUAUUGCUCCCUAACUUGCAGAUGUGUUUUCCUUCCCAACUGUUUUGAUUUGGUGAAUUGAUUUUGAUUGAUGGUUUUGGAAUUCCACCCUUGGAUGCCACAGGUUAAUAACGCGGGGUCAAUGAGUGGGAUGGAGGGCGGGAAGAAUGGCUGUCUGGUGGCUGUUUUUCAUUCCUUUUGGAUUCUCCUGUUGGGCAAGCUUAAAAAGAAAGCCAUGAGCUUAUCGAUUUCGUGCGUGUUUACCGCAUCGUUUGGGAGGUUGGGGACGACGGAGGUUCGUCUUUUAUUUUUUUUUUAACGCGGUCUCUCUCCUCCGACUAGAUGGGGCAAUAGCCAAGACUUUCUAUUGAUUAGCAACUAGUAGCAAAUCUUUAAAACUUUGUUGGGGAUUCAGAGUAUUUUGGAUUGUAUUCUACAAAAGAGAGAGAGCUCCCAGAAUUCCGCUUUCUUUGGAGCCCAGAGUUUGCUAAAGAAAAGAGCCCAUCAGGCUGUCCAUAGCUUUUGUUGCGACGCAUCUCUCGCUUUGUACAUUUCUCUGGUUUCUAGUUGCUUUUUGGUCAAAAGCUCGCUCCACUAUGGGCGACUAUAAAAAUAGCUUCUCCACGUCCGUCAACUUGAACGCUUUGGAACGGUCCCAGCGCCGGAAAACACUCUUACACGUCGUUGAUCUCUAUUCUGGAGAUGUUGACAGGUCAGAGCAGCCCGGGUAUGCCCGGAACCAACAACAGGGACGUCGAGGUCCACCGUCUAUUUUGGUCUCACCGCCCAAGGAAAAGAGUCUGGGGGACAAAGUAAUGGGCUUUAUCCCCAUCAUCGAGGUUAUCAGAACGUACAACAAGCAGCUCAUGUUUGGGGAUCUCAGGGCUGGGUUAACGGUGGGAAUUGUACUGGUCCUACGGUCCAUCGUUUUUGCCCAGUUGGCUAGAGUGUCCGUUAUCGUCUCCCUUGUGUCCUCUAUUAUCCCCAUUGCAAUCUACGGUCUCCUCGGAACAUCCAAGCAACUCUCUGUCGGGCCCGAAGCUCUCGCCGCCGUCUUGAUCGGCGCAUCCGUGACCGAAGAGCUUGAGGCUGGAGGUCCUGGGAUUACCGCAGACCAGAUUGCCGCGGUCAUUGCAAUGUUGGUAGGAUUAACCGCUCUGUUGUUGUCCCUCAUGAGGGCUGGGUUUUUGGAUUCGAUUUUGACAGGAUUUAUGAAGACGGGUUUCAUCUCUAGCGUUGGUUUGCUCAUCAUGAUCGAACAGCUCCCCGAACUCCUCGGUAUCGACCUGACCCGCAAACCUCCACCCACUUUUUCAAGUUUUGAAAAACUGGUGGCAACGUCAAAGGCUGCCAUGCAAACUGGACACCUCCUUACCUCGCUGAUCGGUCUCGCUGCAGUCGUUUUUAUGGUGGCCAUGCGCUAUGUCAAGGCAAAGACCAACAUUGCCUGGAUUAAAGCGUUUCCAGAGAUUGUUGUUUUGGUGGGCGUCAUGAUUGGCAUCAGCGCUGCCAUUGACUUGAAACAGUAUGGUGUGAGGACUCUAGGAACCUUUAGCAACAGGUUUCCGACACCGGCGAUUCCACCACUGAACAUGGACAGGAUGGGUCGACUGUUGGGCGGUGCUGUUGCGCAGACGGUAGUUGGAUUCGUCGAGAGUAUGGCUGUUUCCAAGGAUUUGGGUAUGCAGUACGGGUACAACCCAAAGCCAAACCGCGAACUCUUUGCACUGGGGACCGCAAACGUUGUCGGCUCCAUUUUCGGAUGUUUUGUGACAAUGGGGUCCCUUCCCCGUUCCAAGAUCCUGGCAGAUGCAGGCGGACGGACGAACGUCUGUUCGCUUAUAGCGGCAUUUUGGGUGACAGUGUUUGUUUUGACAGCUGGCCCUGUUUUAAAGUUUCUGCCCUUGUCUACUUUGGCUGGAUUUGUAUUGGCGGCUGCCAUGUCUUUGGUGCAUGUUUCCGAGAUUGUGUUUGUCUUUAAGGUUCGGUCUUGGGGAGAGGUAGCUGGGAUGGUUGCAGCGUUUUGUGCCACAUUUUUUUGGAACAUUGAGCAAGGCACUCUGAUUGUCAUCUUUCUCGCUUCGAUCCUAAUUAUCCGGCGCUCAGUAGGCGUCGACAUGCAAAUUCUGGGUAAAGUCGACGUCUCUGUCCCUGUACAAGAUCGGGACGGACAAAUCCAGCAGGUUCUCCAAUCCCGGUACCUAGACGUCCGCGAACACCCCGAAGCGACUCUCUUGGAUGACAUCCUAGUCAUUUCUGUCCGCUCCCCGCUCCUGUUCUUUAAUUCGGGGAAUAUCAGUGUCGCUGUGGAUAAGCUUUUAAAAGCUCAAAAGACGAUUGCAGAAGCUUCCGGAUACCCAAGUCAGAAGGGUAAUGCAGGACAAAUUAUCAUUUUUGAUAUGGAUGGGUGCACGGCUAUCGACGCUGGAGCCAUGUACCUCAUGAAAGAAAAUAUCCACACGUUCCUUCAUCUAGGCGUCAAAGUCCUAUUUGCGGGGAUUACGCCUGAACAACGUAUCUUGUUUGAGCGGUCGGGAUUGAUAGAGAUGGUUGGCGAGAAGAAUGUCGCACCGACAGUCGAAAUGGCGGCUUUGAGAGCGGAGACGAUCAAAAUGCAAGGAUACUGAAAAUUGAAGAUAUGCAAAAGUAACUAAAACUAAAACCAAAAAAAGAAAACCAUAUACCACCCCAAAAAAACAAAAACA